GAAACAAAAAGCAAAAAAAGAAACAAUGCGGGCAAUCCAAAAAGUGAUGUAAACAAAAAAAUAAAACAAUCGGAAAAACGCAAAAAAAGAGUGAGUUAGCCUGGGUCCGGCGAUGUUAAGGUUUGUUGAAUCCCAUCAUUUGGUUCUUGGCAUCCACCCAAAACCUGCAAAGUACUCACCCAACAAGCAUCUUGUUUGUGCACCCGUUCAUGGUACAACUGAACUCAAGGAGUUCAACCAAUCAGCAUGCUGAACUCUGAUGACACCCAACCAGUGUGUUUUAGUCAUGUUCCUUCUUCCAGAGGUCUUUAGGAGUUAUCCCUAUUUUGAUACACAGCCAUAUAAUUGAUAUACUUCACGCACCUAGGCCUUUCGAAAUCCGAGCUAAUAUGGAUGGUAAUCCAUCCAUCCAGCAGCUUCCAUUUUGCUAUUGUGCCGCCGUGCCAUGGCCCACAGAACUACUCUAGACUAGGGCACAGGCUGAAGACUCAAUGGCCAUGGUAUUGAUUUGCAUGUUGAUUGGGGUUGCUAUGGCGACCCCUUUGGAUCAUGACUGCGUCGAACCCGCGUCUAUCAUGAACUUUUUGCUGCAGGUGGAAACACAGAAAAAGUUUGCAAGAGGAACAGAAGGAGAUUUGACGAAUUGUGGGCGUUUGGUUGAGGACAAGUGUGAUCCAACAGCAAACUUUUUUUGCAGCAACAAUUGCAAAAUACACACACAUGGGCAAGAUUGCCAUCGACCAGUUCCAGAGGUGAUGGCCGAACAUCCGGGAAUCGAUGGGUAUUGCUAUUUCAAUCAAACUGGCUUUUGGGUGACCCGGAUUUUGUCGAGUCUGCGAAAGGGGGCAUCCUUGGUCUAAGGGGUCCCCUGUACCAAGGGAAAGAUCAAGGUCCGCUCAUCACUUACAAUUUUGAGGGUCGGACGAUCACAACCUACAUGGACUCCUCGCACUAUUCAUUUGAUGAUUUGUAUGGAUAUUCCCUGGGCUAUUUGCAAGGGCAGGGCUUUGAUCCAGAGUUGGUGAAGAACAGCAGCCAGUGGGUGACUAUCUCCAGACAGAAGUGCUUGGACAUCCAGGCAAAGUACAACUUCCAAAAUGCAGCCGCAGCGGCUAAGGGAGUGACCGCCACGACAUCCGCUGUGGCGGGUUCAGCUGGUGUUGGAUCCUUGACGAAGGGUACAGGUGUUGCUGGCAAGGGCACUGGAAGCUAUAGCUUUGAUCCUAGUACUCAGAUUGGUGCGAUGGCUCCCCUGGGCUACUUUGACCCAGCUGGCUUGUGCAAGAAGGGAGAUGAGGCGACAUUCCGCCAGCUUCGUGCUGCCGAGCUAAAGCAUGGCCGUGUUGCCAUGAUGGCAGCUGUGGGCGCAGUCGCACAACACUAUGUAAAGUUUCCUGGUUUUGAGUCGGUGCCAAGCGGCCUGGCUGCUUCCAUCACAGGCCCUGGAAGCUACGGCUUUGUGGCUUUGUUUGCCUUGGCUGGCAUCUUGGAGCUUGGUGCUUGGACCGAGAGUGACAACAAGGAGCCUGGAAACUUUGGUGACCCACUGGGAUUCAGCCAGUACACCCAGGAAUGGAGGGAACGAGAGAUCAACAACGGCCGCUUCGCGAUGUUUGCGGCUAUCGGUAUCAUCGCAGCUGAGCUUUACACUGGCAAGGAUGCCAUUGAGCAAUUCGGGCUGUAGAAAGUGUGACAGCUGCAUGUGCCGUAGACCUUUCACUCAUUUUCGAGCUGCUUGACUUGGUACAGAUGAGCGGAGAUCUGUACAGAUAUCUGCACAGAUCUACUCAGCAGCUCCCUUUUCACAGCAUGAGUUUUCAGAGGCAACACUUUGGCCCGACAAUGCUUGCAGCCAACUGAGUUGCCGCUGUUUGGGUGCACAAUGCAUCCCCAAACACAUGUGGAGUGGAUGUUUCGCUUAGAAAUAAUGCAGUCAGUGAGAGCAGGGCAAGUCCAGUCAUUGAGUCGGUGGAGACUGUUUCAUUGAGUUUUCCUGUUUUGGACAUUGUCAGUGUGUCGUUGCGCUUAUGUUCAUGCAUUCCUGUCCUGACCUGGCAUGCUGGAGCAUUUUGCACGUUGAUCUCUCGCUUGACUCUCUCUUCCUUCGCCAUGGCUCCUCGUAGCUCCUUGUUGGCUGCUGGCCUUGCUGCUGGUGGCUAUGUGGCCACGCAGGCUUUUGUCCCAAGCGCUUCAGGACCUGUGGUGAACGAGUCGGUGCAGAAUUUGCGUGGCACUUCAGCUACACAGGCUACACCAUCUGAGGGAUUUGGCAGCGCUUUGCCUUUGAUGGGCCUUGUGGGGGUUGGAGCUGUCGCUGCUGGACGUGGACGUGUUGCACGCCGUGCGGAACCUGCAACCGCAGCAGCCGCUGCAGCAGCUGCUGCCAAGGCAGCCGCAGCGGC